CUUAUUACUUCCAAUAUCUCCUAACACAUUUUAUUUCUCAUUUUCCCAAUUUAACCUUCUCUCUUUCUAUCUAUUCACAAUGCAUAAAUGUAACUCAUAAGGGUGUUUUAGUAAGUUGCACAAAAAAAUCUAUAUAGAAUUUUGUCUUUGAAUAAAUGAGAGUCAUGUGAGAGAAGAAAACACAUGAGAUCAUAUGGAUUUGAGAGCUCAUUUCUCUUCCUUUAAAUGACCUCAGAACUCAUCAAAAUUGAUAGCAAAAGAAAGGUUUGCACCAAAGAGAUAGAAAGAUAGAGAGAGAGAUAGAAAGAGAGAACACAAAAGAAUGGUUUCUAGGGAGCAAAAGAGAGCAGCACUGCAUGAGAAGCUGCAACUUCUUCGUUCUGUAACUAACUCUCAUGCUAUAACUGAUACCUCGAUUGUAAUCGAUGCAUCAAAGUAUAUCGAAAAUCUAAAGGAAAAGGUAGAAAGACUAAAUGAAGAAAUAGCUUCUGCAGAAAGUUCAAGUGUUCAUAAUCCCUUGCCUAUGAUUACAGUGGAAACCCUAGAAAAAGGAUUUCUUAUAAAUGUUUUUUCAGCCAAAAGCAGCCAAGGUAUGCUUGUUUCAAUACUUGAAGCCAUUGAAGAGAUGAGACUUACAGUUCUGGAAGCUAGGGUUUCUUGUACAGACAAUUUCCGAUUCCAAGCUGUUGGAGGAGAGAAUGAAGAACAAGGAGAGACCAUUGAUGCACAAGCUGUGAAACAAGCUGUAGGACAAGCAAUAAAAAAUUGGAGUGAAAAUUCUGAUCAAGUGUAAAUUGCAAUAUAUAUUGCGAAUUCCUUAUUUAUUAUUAUUUUUCUAUCAUUUUUUUGCUAAGAGGCGUUUUGUUGGUUUAAGGUAUUAAGCUUUUGUGUAAGAUAGCUAGCUAGCUUCCAAAUCUUUCACUUCUGCAAAUUUUAAUGACAAUAUAUGAAGGUUAAAGGUCAUGAUCUAAGAGACAAAUUGAUGAUUUUUUUUUUGUUAACA